GCGCCCGGGGCCGGAAUGACGUCGUCUCCGCGCACCUCUGCUUCCGGUCCGUGUGAGUGCUGCCUGGCGCAGGCGGGGACUCCGCUGGCUUCCGCGCGGUGUCGGGGGCGCAGCGAUUCGCGAGUAGACUUCGCCCGGGACCAUGGCCACCGACUCGUGGGCCCUGGCGGUGGACGAGCAGGAGGCCGCCGUCAAGUCGGUCAGUGGCCGCGAGGGAGCGGGGACCUGAUGUCCAGGCGGGGAGCCCCGCGUCGGAUGAACAGUUUGCAGAUCAAAGAAGAGAAAGUCAAGCCGGACACCAAUGGUGUUGUCAAAACCAGUACUACGCCAGAGAAGACAGAUGAAGAAGAGAAAGAGGACAGAGCUGCUCAGUCUUUACUCAACAAACUGAUCAGAAGCAACCUUGUGGAUACCACAAACCAAGUGGAAGUCCUGCAACGGGAUCCAAACUCCCCCCUCUACUCAGUGAAGUCUUUUGAAGAGCUUCGCCUGAAACCACAGCUUCUCCAGGGAGUUUAUGCCAUGGGCUUUAAUCGGCCAUCCAAGAUACAGGAGAAUGCAUUGCCCAUGAUGCUUGCUGAACCCCCACAGAACCUGAUUGCCCAGUCUCAGUCUGGUACUGGGAAAACAGCUGCCUUUGUCCUGGCCAUGCUCAGCAGAGUAGAACCAUCAGACAGAUACCCUCAGUGUCUGUGCCUGUCCCCAACAUAUGAGCUGGCUCUUCAAACAGGAAAAGUGAUUGAGCAGAUGGGCAAAUUUCAUCCAGAACUGAGGCUUGCUUAUGCUGUUCGAGGCAAUAAAUUAGAAAGAGGUCAGAAGAUCGGCGAGCAGAUUGUCAUUGGCACCCCUGGGACCGUCCUGGACUGGUGCUCCAAGCUCAAGUUCAUUGAUCCCAAGAAGAUCAAGGUGUUUGUUCUGGAUGAGGCCGACGUGAUGAUAGCUACUCAGGGCCAUCAAGACCAGAGCAUCCGCAUCCAGAGGAUGCUGCCCAGGAACUGCCAGAUGCUGCUUUUCUCUGCCACCUUUGAAGACUCGGUAUGGAAGUUUGCCCAGAAAGUGGUUCCAGACCCCAACAUUAUCAAACUGAAGCGUGAGGAGGAGACGUUGGACACCAUCAAGCAGUAUUACGUCCUUUGCAAUAACAGAGAGGAGAAGUUCCAGGCCCUGUGCAACCUGUAUGGAGCCAUCACCAUCGCUCAAGCCAUGAUCUUCUGCCAUACCCGCAAAACAGCUAGUUGGCUGGCGGCAGAGCUCUCAAAAGAGGGCCACCAGGUGGCUCUGCUGAGUGGUGAAAUGAUGGUGGAACAGAGGGCUGCAGUGAUUGAGCGCUUCCGAGAAGGCAAAGAGAAGGUUCUGGUGACCACCAACGUGUGUGCCCGUGGUAUCGAUGUUGAACAAGUGUCUGUCGUCAUCAAUUUUGAUCUUCCCGUGGAUAAGGACGGGAACCCGGACAAUGAGACCUACCUACACCGGAUUGGGCGCACAGGCCGCUUUGGCAAGAGGGGUCUGGCAGUGAACAUGGUGGACAGCAAGCACAGCAUGAAUAUCCUCAACAGAAUCCAGGAGCAUUUUAAUAAGAAGAUAGAGAGAUUGGACACGGAUGAUUUGGACGAGAUUGAGAAAAUAGCCAACUGAGAAGCUUCAUCAGCAACUGGCACCACCUUCAGUGCUGUCCCUUCAGGGAGACCAGUGCUUUAAUGGUGUAGGCCUUGACAGGCACCUCAAAGACCAAGGCCUGAGUAGAGACUACCUACCUCAUUCAGAAUUACGUUUGGACUUGACAAAAAUUUGUGCAAAUGACAGGAAGAAAUCUAAGGAAAAUUUUGCAUUUUGGAAAAUAGUCCUCCUCUCUUCCCCCUUUCAAAGCCACAGUUUUCCCCUUUUUUAUAAUGUGGUUGCUGUUUAUGAUGGUUGGGCCCCAGACUUGCUGUCCACCCACUUUCUGAUUUGAUGUAUUAGGACCAUUCUCUGUCCUUGAAUAAAUGACAGGGGAAAUGAUGGUUCAGAGAGGCUGGGCAGGACAUGGCUGUGGCCCAACUACCAUUGCUAGAGCUGAUUAGAGUGGCCCCAGAGACCCUGAGUGCCCCUAUUGACCUCUGACUUUUCCCCUGCUCUGGGAUCAUCUGAAAUCCAGCUGGUCCCUUGUGCCUGCUCUCUGGGGCAGAAGAUGUCCAUCUUCCUCCCUGGUGAGCAUCUUGGCUACUUCUAUGUUUUUUGGAUUGGUGGAGAAGAUGGAAGUUGGCAAAUCAGACUCCUGAGGGAGACUGGUAUAUCCAGUAGACAAAUCCUUUAAGGAUGAAGCUUGUUUCUUCUGGUCUCUCCAGCUUCUCUAAGCCUGGUAUCAAUGAUAGCAACUAGAAGACUGCUGACUCCGUUAGUUGUUUCUGAUCUGUGGGUUUCAUGCCAUGUUUGGAGAUGAGCAAUAGUUUGGAAAGGAAGGUAUGGCCAAGAAAAAUAUUAAUUAUGCUAUCAGUAGACUUAUGGAUUACUUAUUCAUUCAUACAUUGUAUGAAUAAGGUCAGAUGAAUUCCAGUGGUACACAUCAUUCAUUAUGAGAAAGUUUAAUUAUAAGAAACAGUUUACUAAUCAUGAUUUGUUAAUUGUAUUUUUCUGCUUAUUAGACUAAUAUAUGCUCAUUUAAAAAAUG